CAUAGAUAGCCUUCCAAUUCCAAAAACCAUAUUUGCUCUGUUCUUUUUCCUCUUAUCUAGUCAAGUUAAGUCCUUUCUAGCAGUUCUUUCUUUAGAACAAGCAAAUGGCAAGGGAACUAAGCCUUGUGAUGUUCUCUUUUCUUCUUCUCCUUUUGGUUACAGAUACUCAUGCUACUAAGAUCUCUGAGGCUCCAUCACCACAGCCUCAAUUCAACACUACAACCGGAAAGCCUUACAUGCUACGUAUACCUUUUUUCUUCUACUUAAAAAAAACUCAGCAUGGAAUCACAGAAGGAAGCCUUAAACCAGAAGAGUGUCAUCCUCGUUGUACAGCGCGGUGUUCGAACACGCAGUACAGGAAGCCAUGCAUGUUCUUCUGCCAAAAGUGUUGUGCAACAUGCCUUUGUGUGCCUCCAGGGACUUAUGGAAACAAGCAAGUAUGCCCUCGUUACAAUAAUUGGAAGACCAAGAGAGGAGGCCCCAAGUGCCCUUGAAAAACACCCUUUUUAUAUUAUGUACUAAGCUUAAAUUUUCGAUAGGGUUUAUAACUUUUUGCACCUUGUGUUUUUGUUCGGAUUUUGUGUUUUAAAAAAAAUCAUUUUUGGACCUUA